AGUUACCUGUAAAAUGUCCUCAGCAAAGCGUGGUGUUGAUUUUGUGCGUGCUAUUGUCAAAUAUAUGGCCACAGAUGGAAGUUUCAGCACAACUUGCUUGAAAAAUGUUGAGAUAGUUGCUGGUGGCGAGGGGAAGAUAAAGGCGGAAUUUAAGGUUCUUCCUGAGCAUCUCAACAGUGCUGGUGGUCUCCACGGUGGCUUUACUGCCUCUCUAAUUGACAUACUCACAAGUGUUGCUCUCAUGUCCAACAACUCCCAUCCGGGCGUCUCUGUAGAUCUCCGUGUUAGCUACCUAAAGGGUGCCCGGGAGGGUGAUAGCGUCAUCGUGGAUGCCACAACCAUCAAGGCAGGACGCAAAAUGGCUUUCCUGGAGUGUGAGCUGAAGCACAAAUCCGAUGGGUCUCUCAUUGCACGAGGUGGUCAGACGAAAUUUGUCGAUUUGGGCCCAAAGGAGGACUACACAACAAAAUUACCCGAAUAAAAUGGCAAAAAUUGAGUGAUUGCUUAAAGGUGUGGCAAUUUUUCGAUUUAUUUAAUUUACUCCUCAAAUACACGGAAAUAUUCUUGUUUAUAAAACAAUUAAAAUACAUUCGAAAUUCUUACCAUUA